GUGGGCGGGCUGCACGGCCGACGCCCGGCGUGUCCUCUCUCAGGGUCCCUCGGCCCGGGCCACUGGUCCGCAUUCCGGCUGCUGUUGGAUCAGUGGAACAGCCUAGGGGACCCGGCCGCCGUCCGUUUGCAGUAGCCCUGACAGGUGUCAUGAUACUGCCUGGCUUGAUUUCAAACCAUUUAUGAGACUAAAUCUUUGCUGGAAAAUGGAAAGCCGAGUCGGGCUCUUCCUGGGAGCCCUUGGCUGUUGCUGAUGGCGAAACCAGACUCCCUGGCAACCCAGCCACAGCCCCUGCGUGCCAGCCCCACCUGUGUGGUCCUCACCAUGGACAGCACCUCAGCCGUGCAGGGUGGCCUCUCAGAGGAUGGAGCCAGUGGGGGCCCCUCACCUCACUCUGAGGAGCCUCUGGACUCCUUGGUGCCUACCGACUCCAGGGAUGGAGCUCAGUGUGCCGGUGUUGAGGCAGAUGGAGCUGUUGCAGAGGAAGAAGGCCCGGAUGUGCCUGGCCAGGAGAGUGCCUGUGCCAACGGGCCUGUGCCACUGUCACCCCGGCCCACCACCAGUCCACUGGUUCCCGAUGCCUCUCCAGGUGUGGCUGGUUUCCAUGACAACCUAAGGAAGUCCUGGGGGACUAGUGCUGAGGGCAGUGUUAGAAAAGAAGCUUUGCAGUCUCUCAGACUCAGUCUUCCCAUGCAAGAAACGCAACUGUGCUCCACAGACACAUCUCCUCCCCUGGAGAAGGAAGAACAGGUCCGCCUGCAGGCGCGCAAGCGGCUAGAGGAGCAGUUGAAGCAAUACCGGGUGAAGCGACAGCAGGAGAGGUCUAAUCAACCUGCAACUAAAACAAGACUGUUUAGCACACUUGAUCCUGAGCUCAUGUUAAACCCAGAAGCCUUACCAAGGGCCAGCACCGUGGCAAUGACGAAGGAGUACUCCUUCCUGCGCACUAGUGUGCCUCGGGGACCGAAGGUUGGCAGCUUAGGGCUCCUGGCACAGCCAAAAGAGAAAAAAAGUUCCAAGUCAAGCAAGAUUCGGUCUCUGGCUGAUUACAGAACAGACGACUCAGCUGCUGGGAGCCCCAGGACCCUGGCUGCAGACGUGGCAAGGGGCUCCCUGCGGCAGAACCGCAGUAGUGCCACAUCCGUGGUGUCGGAGAUCAGCCCGUGUCCCAAGGCUGAGGACCACCCAGAGAGCGCCUCCCUGGGGAGAGAUGAUGCAUCUGAAGCUGGGGACGGUAACGAGAGUGACAACUCCUCCCAUGGCAGUGUCUCUGCCCGUGGGCUGCCCAGCCGCCCAGUGGACACUGUGGGCCCUCAUGGGGCCUCCGGUGUGCCCAGUGGCCAGGAAGCAGCCCUGGGGACACUGGGCCAGUUCCCUUCCAUCUCGGACGUGCUGCAUGCUGCAGCAGCGGAGCACCAGGCCCAAGGGCAGGAGAUCAACGGGGAGACGAGGAGCCGGACAGAUAGCAUCUGUAGCAGCCUAUCUCUGGAGAGCUCUGUGGCCGAAGCCCAGGAGGAAAUGUUGCAGGUUCUUAAAGAAAAGAGGAGACUGGAGGGGCAGCUGGAGGCGUUGUCUCUGGAGGCGAGCCAGGCUCUGAAGGAGAAGGUCGAGCUGCAAGCGCAGCUGGCUGCCCUGGAUAUGCGGCUGCAGGCCCAGGUGGAGCAGAGCCAGAGCAGCCAGCAGAGGCAGGACUCCCUGAGCUCCGAGGUAGACACACUGAAGCAGUCCUGCUGGGACCUGGAGCGGGCCAUGGCCGACCUACAGAGCCUGCUGGAAGCCAGGAACGCCAGCCUGGCCUCCUCGAACAGUGACCUGCAGGUGGCAGAGGAGCAGUACCAAAGGCUGCUAGCCAAGGUGGAGGAGAUGCAGGGCAGCCUGCGCAGCAAGGACAAUGCAGUGCAGGACCUGCGGCAGCAGAUGAGCGCCCUGCAGAGCCAGCUGCAGCAGGUGCAGCUGGAACGCAGUACCCUGAGCAGCAGGCUAAAGGCCUCACAGGCCGAGAUCUCGUCCCUGCAGAGUGUCCGGCAGUGGUACCAGCAGCAGCUGGCUCUGGCUCAGGAGGCCCGUGUCCGGCUGCAGGGCGAGAUGGCCCACAUCCAGGUGGGGCAGAUGACCCAGGCUGGCCUGCUGGAGCACCUUAAGCUGGAAAACGUGGCCCUUUCCCACCAGCUGACGGAAACCCAGCACCGGUCCAUCAAGGAGAAGGAGCGCAUUGCAGCACAGCUCCAGGGCAUCGAGGCUGACAUGUUGGACCAGGAAGCUGCCUUUGUGCAGAUUCAAGAAGCAAAGACAAUGGUGGAGGAGGACCUGCAGAGGAGGCUGGAGGAGUUUGAAGAUGAGAAGGAGCAGCUACAGAAGAUGGCGGCCUCGGCAGCUGCCCUGGAGCAACAGCUUGAACAGAUGAAGUUGACGCUGCAGCAGCGAGACCAGCAGUUUGAGGCCUUGCAACAGGAUCACCUGGAUCUGCUGAAGCAGCUCACCUCGACGCAGGAGGUGUUACAGACCCGUGAGCAGUGCCUGGAUGACCUGCAGGGGCACCAGGACAAGCUACAGGCUAGGCUGGAGGAGUUGCAGACAGAGGCCACUGCCCGGGAAGAUACCAUCCAAUUCCUGCAGAAGGAGAAGAUCGUUCUGGAGGUGGCUCUGCAGGCGGCCAAGAGCAGCAGAGAGGAAUUUGACAGAGGAGCCAAGAGCUUGGAAGAAGGCAGUGAGGACACGUCGGAAAUUCUGGAACAGUUGAGACAAGAGCUAGCCGUCAAGUCCAGCCAGGUGGAGCACCUCCAGCAGGAGACGGCCGCCUUGAAGAAGCAAAUGCAGAAGGUGAAGGAGCAGUUCCUCCAACAGAAGGUGAUGGUGGAGGCCUAUCGGCGGGACUCCACCUCCAAAGACCAGCUUGUCAGUGAGCUGAAGGCCACGAAGAAGAGGCUGGACUCAGCACAGAAGGAGCUGAGGCAAGAGUUACUGAAGCUUCAGGGGGAAAAGAAGUCGGUGGAGCUUGAGCACUCACGGCUGCAGAAGGAGGCGUCCCAGGCCCGACAGCAGGUGGCAGAGCUCGAAGGGCACCUGAAGGCAGCACAGGUCGAGCGUGAUGAGGCGGAGCUGCAGCUGCAGUCUUUGCAGUUUGAUAAAGAGCAAGCAGCUGCUCUCUCUAAGGCCAAUGAGGCGCUGCAGAAGCAGGUUGAGGCGCUACAGCAGGAGGCCCGGAAGGCCGUCACUGAGCAGAAGCAGAAGGUGAAGCGCCUGGGCUCUGACCUGAGCAGUGCCCGGAAGGAGGCAAAGAGCAAACACAAGGCCUACGAGAACGCAGUAGGCAUCCUCAGCCGCCGCCUGCAGGAGGCCCUUGCUGCCCAGGAGGCUGCAGAGGUCGAGCUGAGCCGGCUGAGUGCCCAGGUGGCUGGUGAUGCCCAAAGCCUGGCCCUACAGGAGAGGGUCCGGGCACUGGAGGAGGAGCUGCAGACAGUCAGCCGCAGCAAGCUGAUGCUGGAGAAGGAGCUGCAGGAGGUCAUCACACUGACCAGCCAGGAGCUGGAGGAACACCGGGAGAAGGUGCUAGAGCUGGAAGACGAGCUCCAGGAAUCUCGAGGCUUCAGGAGGAAGAUAAAACGCCUCGAGGAGUCAAAUAACAAGUUGGCUCUGGAGUUGGAGCACGAGCGAGGGAAGCUGACAGGCCUGGGCCAGUCCAACGCAGCUCUGCGGGAGCACAAUAGCAUCUUGGAGACGGCACUGGCCAAGAGGGAGGCUAAUCUGGUGCAGCUGAACCUCCAGGUGCAGGCGAUUCUGCAGCGCAAGGAGGAGGAGGAUCAGCAGAUACAACAGCUCAUAGACACCUUGCAAGCCUCCUUGGAGAGAGAGAAGCUGAAUGCAAACAACCUCAAGGAACAGGUGGCUGCUGCCAAGAUGGAAGCUGGACAUAACCGUCGUCACUUCAAAGCUGCCUCCCUGGAGCUGAGCGAGGUGAAGAAGGAGCUACAGGCCAAGGAGCACCUGGUGCAGAAGUUGCAGGAGGCAGUCGAGGAGCUCCAGAUCCAGGAGGGGCAGCACUCCCAGGAGGCAGUGCAGUUCCGGGAAGAGCUGGCAGAGGCCCGGGCCCAGCUCCUGCUCCUGCAGCAGCAGCUGGAUGAGCAACUAAGCAAGCAGCCCACUGGAGACCAAGAGAUGGAAAAUCUCAAGUGGGAGGUGGAGCAGAAGGAGAGAGAGGUUCAGUCCCUGAAGCAGCAGCUGGGCCUGAGCGAGCAGCAUGCUGCCCAGGAGCUGGGCAGUCUGCAGCAGCUACUUCAGGAUGUCAGGUCUGAGCUGGAGACAGCACAGGAAGAUCUCUCAGUGACACAGAAGGACAAGCUGGCGCUCCAGGCGAAGGUGUCAGAGCUGAAGAGCAGCAUGAAGACCCUGCUGCAGCAGAACCAGCAGCUCCAGCGGGGCCUGCGCCGUAGCACAAAGACGAGGAAGGAACUGAAAGGUGAGGCCAACUCUUCCAGCCCCGUGACACCAGUGAAGAUCCCUGACUGCCCUGUCCCAGCCUCCCUGCUGGAGGAGUUGCUGAAGCCCCCCCCUGCUGUGAGCAAGGAGCCCCUCAAGAACCUCAACAGCUGUCUCCAGCAGCUGAAGCAAGAGAUGCACAGCCUGCAGCGCCAGAUGGAGGCCCACACGGUGACUGUGCAUGAGUCCCUAUCCUCAUGGCCUGGGGCCGACUCUACCACCAGCCCUCCCUCCCGGGAAGAGCACGCCCACCCUGGAGGAGACACAGAGAAGCACAGCCGGGCAGGGCCUCCGGAGCCCGCCUGGCCGCAGUGACCUGUGGCUACCGUGUGUUUAUAUGCACCCAAAGGAAUAUUCUUUUGUCACUUAUUUAUUGGAGUACAUGCUCUAUGUUUUUCUAAGAGGUGAAAUUUAAGUUUUGCAUUUGCCUUUACAGGGAGUGAACUGUCAGGUUGAGAGCCAAGAGUUAGAGAAACCAUGGCUGCCUGGUCACAGCCAGCAUCCUUGUUAGCCCAGCCAGGGUUCAAAUGGGACCUGGGCCUACUUGGCAGUGGUGGUUCAGCAGCGGCGGCAGCUGAUAGCAUGGGAGCCACCUGUGGGGCCUCGCUUUCCUCUUUGGUUCUGUAACAGCUUUAUUUCCCACAGAAAUGAGACUUUAUUCACACAUACGGUUUUUAUUGUUUUAUUUUUUAAAUAGCCGUCACCUGUAGACUAUACAUAAACACUAAAAACCCAGCCUAACUGCUGUGUGCUUUCAGGAAUAGCUGGCAGCAUCUGUCCGUUGCCUUUUGAACGUCUGCUGCCAGGAUGUGAAGUCAGGUGGCCUUUAGGGCUGUUCUGAGAGAGAUGAUUAUUUUAUUACCUUCUAAACCAAAUAUUCUUAGACAUGAGCAUCUUUGUGGUCCUCAUUCCCCUUCAUGUUUGCGGUAUUUCCUUGUGAGUAUGGGAUGCCUCGCAUUCCAGUGGCCACAGCCUGGGCCACACAGAUGCCACAGUCUCCAAUAAAUGGGGCCUGGCA